CGAUGUCCCGCCCCACGAGGGGUCGCUGCUUCGCGUCCCGCCCUCCUCGCCAGGAGUCAGUGAGUAGGGGUCGGGCUUGAAGUCAUCGCUGCAGGACGGUUCUUGUGUCCCCGGACGCAGACCAUGGAGAGCGCGCUGGCGGUGUCCCGGCUGCCCCCGCAUGAUCCGGGGACGCCGGUGCUGUCGGUGGUGGACAUGCACACGGGCGGCGAGCCCCUGCGCAUCGUGCUGGCUGGGUGUCCGGAGGUGUCCGGGCCCACCCUGCUGGCCAAGCGGCGCUACAUGCGCCAGCACCUUGACCACGUGCGGCGACGGCUCAUGUUCGAGCCCCGAGGGCACCGGGACAUGUACGGGGCUGUCCUAGUGCCGAGCGAGCUGCAGGACGCGCACUUGGGCGUCCUGUUCCUGCACAACGAGGGCUACAGCUCCAUGUGCGGCCACGCAGUGCUGGCGCUGGGCCGCUUCGCCUUGGACUUCGGGCUUGUGCCGGCGCCCGCUGCGGGCACCCGCGAGGCCCGCGUCAACAUCCACUGCCCGUGUGGGCUGGUGACCGCCUUCGUGGCGUGUGAGGACGGCCGCAGCCACGGCCCGGUGCGCUUCCACAGCGUCCCGGCCUUCGUGCUGGCAACAGAUCUCAUGGUGGAUGUUCCCGGACAUGGAAAGGUGGUGGUGGACAUUGCAUAUGGCGGUGCUUUUUAUGCAUUUGUUAGUGCUGAAAAGUUAGGACUAGACAUUUGUUCUGCAAAGACCAGGGACCUUGUGGAUGCAGCGAGUACAGUAACAGAGGCAGUGAAAGCUCAGUUUAAAAUUAAUCAUCCUGAUAGUGAAGACCUUGCCUUUUUAUAUGGAACCAUAUUAACAGAUGGAAAAGAUGCUUAUACCAAGGAACCAACCACCAACAUUUGUGUUUUUGCAGAUGAACAGGUUGACAGAAGUCCCACUGGCUCGGGAGUGACAGCCCGAAUUGCCUUACAGUAUCACAAAGGGCUUCUGGAACUGAACCAGACCAGAGCCUUCAAAAGCAGUACCACUGGCUCAGUAUUCACAGGGAAAGCUGUGAGGCUCAGUAUGACAGAGACUCCAUUCCAGGUGGAAAAAAGCACAAGGCUCCCUUCUCUGAGAUCCCAGGACUAUCUUAUUCUCCUCAGAGGAGCAGGUUACAAGAACUUCACACCUCUCAGGCUACAUGUUGCAGAGGUUAAAUUCCAGGGGUUGUCUCAACAAAUCAAGGAAGGAGCAGCCCAAGAAUACCAUCAGAGAUGCAGCUUUCCAGGCCUCCAUCCUGGACUUUUCAAUUAUUCUGGGGAAACUCAACUGCCAUGUUGUGAGGACACUCAAGCAGCCCUAUGGAGGAGCCCACAUGGUGAGGAACGGAGGCCUCUUGCCAACACCCAUAUGAGUGAGCCAUCUUGGAAGCAGCUCCAGCUGACAUCUUAAUUACAACCCCCUAAGAGACCUGUAUCAGAACUACCCAGCUAAUCUGCUCCAAGUUUCUGACUUACAGAAGCUUUGAGAGAAUAAUUGUCUUAAGCUGCUAAAUUUGGGGCUAGCUUGUUACACAAUAAUAAUACACAUAGUAGAAAUAAGUAUGGGUUCAUAAAACAUUUCAGUUAUAGAUGAGUGUGUGCUAGGUCUCAGUAUAAGAUGAACCCCUUCUUAUAGGUUGCAGUAAAAAACAAAAUAGAAAAUUCUGCACAAAACGAACCAAGCAACAGUUUUCUACUCUGAGGUCUUGCUGCUGCCUUCCUGAGGUCUACAUGGGAAUCAAGAUACAGGUCCUCUUUGCUUUCAGGUGCCCCAAACUUAUUAGUGGCUCAUGCAGCCUUCAUUGCCCCAUCGUUCUAUAGCCAGGCCAGUCACCAAGGGUGGGCAGGAAUACACAGGGCACAAAGACACUUCUCAAAGCGCUAUCUACAUCUAAAUUCUCCUUAAUUUUUUUUUUUUUUUU